AUGUUUCCUAAUUUAUACCAAGAAAAAUUAACACUAAAAAAAUCAUUCUAUGGAAGCGGUAUGUUGACAAUCAAUUGUUUUCUAGAGGUUUGGAUUUUCCUUUUGCUGAUUUUGAAAUUAUGCAACAUUGUGGAAGCAGUAAAUGGGAAUUGUACAUCUCCAGAAACAAAAAAAGUUUGCUGUUCUAAUUAUCACGAAGUUAACGGUGUUUGUAUGAAAUGUCCAAUUGGUACAUUUGGUGAAAAUUGUACGGAAAAUUGUCCAGAUGGGACGUAUGGCGAAUUGUGUUCACAGCGAUGUGAUUGCAAAAUAAAUCAACGAUGCAAUUUAUUGUUUGGAUGUUUGGAAUGUCUCAAUGGUACAAAUAGCACAAACUGUGUGGCAAGGUGUCCGGACAAUAUGUAUGGUAAAUCAUGCUCACAGAAAUGUCAAUGCAAAAGGAAUCAAAAGUGCGAUCGUAUCUUUGGAUGUAUAGAGCAAGAUUUAGAACCGCAAUUCACAUUCUCCACUUUCACCCUCCUGAAGAUAGCAGCGGGCUUCUUGAUCAUUAUUAGUAUUGUAAUAGGUGUCACCGUGUGUGUUGUUAAAAGAAUCACCUUGUCAAGAAAAUAUAGCGUGUAUCAAUCACCUGUACCUGUAUUCUAUAGUGGGGAUAAACAAAUACAAUUAUCCGAGAUAGAACAAGGACACUACCAAACUCUUUUCUGAGGAAUCAAAAGCUUGUCAUUUAUGCAUGUGUAUUUAUAAAGGGUAUUUAUAAACUAAAAACUUAAUGUUUGCAAACUAAUUUAACAACUUAGGGUUAAAAAAAAUACCAACAAAAGUCAUCAGAUUUGUAAAGCUUAAUGUUAUAAGAAGAUCAUUGCAACUGCACAUAAAUGUCAAACUUUAUGAACUUAUAUUGUUUAUUAUAAAACAUACAUUGUGAAAACAUUUUUCCUGUUUGUUCACUAAUUAAUUGUUUUUUUAUAGAAUGUAUAUAUAUACUUUUUAAUUACAUCAUUGAUAUUCAUUGUGAUAAUAUUCUUUCCUGUUUGUUCACCAAUUAAUUGUUUUUUAUAGAAUGUAUAUAUAUACUUUUUAAGUACAUUAUUGAUGUUCACUAAUAAUAUUACCAAAUUUGGUUUCUUGUUUAACUUUGAAUAACGUGAGAAAAACUGAAUUGUAAUGAAUUGGUAUUGUGAAAGGCAUGUAACUAACAUAUUGUAUUCUUAAACAGAGAAACUAAAACAGUCUUUUAUAUAAGCAAUUCUUUGUUCACGAUUUAUUUUGUUUAAAUAAGCAAUAAAAAAUUCAUUUGAUUAUGUACAAUUUAUGUCAUGAUCAAAAAGUACAAAUCAUGCUCGUAGAUAUUGAUAACAAAUAUAAACUAGUGACAAAAAUAUUUUGCACUACUGCAUGAUACGAUUACGUUUAAAAAAUGCUAUGAAGAAGAAAGCUAAAUAAACUAUUAAAAAGAGAAAUAAAUCAAUUUUGUUAGGAGUUCAACAUAAAUAAUCUAAGAACAGAUAUGCAAAUUGAAAAUAUUGUAUAACUUAGAUUUUGAAGAACACAUUUUGCAAUUGAUCUUUUUAUCCCGGAG